CCCCGAUACCCGGAAUCGCCGUGCAAAAUCAAACAAAGCCAGAGCGGCAGAUACAAUAAGCCGCAGCUGCAGCAAGCGGCAAGCCGCAUCACAGCAGGCGCCACCGUCACGCCACCGCGCAGCCGAGAGGGGACGGACGAAAGGGGGAAAUCGCCUGCCUGCCUGCCGCGGUGGGUUGGUGGGUGCCGCCUCCGCAUCCUGCUGCUCUGUUCCCCAGCCCACCCCCAUUUACCUCGCAUGGAAUCCUGCUCUCUUCUUCUCCACUCCACGCGCCGAUCCGCCACCUGCCAGGAGAGCGCGGCGCGAUCCAGUUGAGGAGGUACACACAGGAGGCGGGGGUGCCUGCACGGGCACGGCGUCUGUGAGUUCUCCUUGUUUCCGCCCCAAGCCUGGCCUGACGUCAUCGCGCGCCUGCACGGCGUCUUGGUGGUGUGGUCGAAGCAGCAGAGGCCGCCGCCGCGCGGGAGAAGCCGGCGCGAGGAAGCGGUGGCCGGGCCGGGGGAGCGCGAUGCUGUGGGUGGCGCGCCUGUCCGGCUUCUUAUCCGCCGCCAUGGUGAUGGUGGUGCUGUCGCCGUCGCUCCAGUCCUUCCCGCCCGCCGAGGCCAUCCGCUCGUCGCAGUUCGACGGCAGCGUCCGCUUCCCGGGCCAGAUCGCGGGGGGCGCCAGGGGGGUCGCCUUCCGCCGCGCCCCGUCGUUCCGCAAUGCCGCCGAUUGCGGCGCCGGCGCGGGCAACGGCACCGCCGCCAAUGUCUGCGACCCUUCGCUCGUCCACACGGCGAUUACGCUCGACGAGGAGUACCUGAGGGGCUCCGUCGCCGCGGUCCACUCGGUGGUGCAGCACGCCAGGUGCCCCGAGAGCGUCUUCUUCCACUUCCUCGUGUCCGACCCGAGCCUCGGGGACCUCGUCCGCGCGGUCUUCCCGCAGCUCCGGUUCAAGGUCUACUACUUCGACCCCGGGCGCGUCCGCGGGCUCAUCUCCACGUCGGUGCGGCAGGCGCUGGAGCAGCCGCUCAACUAUGCGCGCAACUACCUGGCCGACCUCCUCGAGCCCUGCGUGCGCCGCGUCAUCUACCUCGACUCCGACCUCGUCCUCGUCGAUGACGUCGCCAAGCUCUGGCGCACCGACCUCGGCGGUCGCACCGUCGGUGCUCCCGAGUACUGCCACGCCAACUUUACCAAGUACUUCACCAGCCGGUUCUGGUCGGACCAGCGGUUCGCCGGGACGUUCGUGGGGCGGCGGCCGUGCUACUUCAACACAGGUGUCAUGGUGCUUGACCUCGAGCGGUGGCGGCGAGCGGGCUACACGCAGCGCAUCGAGCGCUGGAUGGAGAUACAGAAGUCGCCGCCGGGGCGCAUCUACGAGCUGGGGUCGCUGCCGCCCUUCCUGCUGGUGUUCGCGGGGCACGUGGCGCCGAUCGAGCACCGGUGGAACCAGCAUGGCCUCGGCGGCGACAAUGUCCUGGGCAGCUGCCGCGACCUACACCCGGGACCCGUCAGCCUGCUGCAUUGGUCCGGGUCCGGCAAGCCAUGGGCGCGUCUGGGCGCGGGGCGGCCGUGCCCGCUCGAUGCGCUCUGGGCACCCUUCGACCUGUACGGCCCCGCCGGCGCCGGCGGCGAGGAGUCCCGGUAACCAUAACACCCGAAAAAAAAGAGAGAAAGAUUCUUUUCCUUCUUUGGCCCACCCCGUACAAAUUCUGAGCUUCUUUCUAAAUUUCACUCCAUAAAUUACUCUACAUUACCAUUUAAAGAGUGAUUUACAUAAAAAAUCGUUCUCUGUAUUCAUUUUACUCU